AUGAUGAAUCACCUCGGCCGAAUUCUUCCCUCAUCUGCGCUUCCCUCUAUACAACCGAACAUUCCAGACAUUCUCACAACAGCUCAGUCCAAGCAUCCAUCUCCCGAGCGUUCAUCUCGCCACUCUUCCGGCGCUGAUUCCACCCCCUGCAUACGGAUUAGCCAGCACCCGCCGUAUGUCUUCGCACCAAAGCACCCGCCGUCUUACACCAAUCUAAGCCCGCAGUCCGCGUAUAUUCGCCCUCUGAGUGCCCAAAGCCACAUGGACCCGUCUACAGUACACAAUAGCGAGAUGAAAAAAGGAAGCAACCUUGUGCCCCCCCCCCAGCCCCCCAUGCAGAGCCAAGACCCCGCAUACUUACAUCCGAGCCUCACCCGGCCGAUCCCUAUAUCGAGAUAUUUUUCCGUGUCCCCAUCUAUCCGCACGGACAAUUGCGGAAAAUCUCAGCCAGCUACAAACGGGGGGGAAGAGAGGGAGGGUCCACCGCACCGAAGGGUGAAUAUUAUCCAGAUCGGUCCGUCCUUUAGUAGCAGCAGUACAGUAGCAGCAGCGGCUUAUGUCCCCCAGGACUCUGCCAAGUACACGGCUAAACUAAGUACGUAG